GUGUGCCAGUGGGGGCUGGAUGCAACGUGGGGUAGUUUAGGAGGAAUUUCCCAGAUUUCCUAGGGCUCCAGAUAACCUGUGGAUCCCCAGACAGAACUAAGGAACCCUGGGGAAUCCCAGAACUCACACAGACCAAGAAGGUAACCAGCAGGAAGUGAGACGUUGGGCUCCAGCUGGCAGCCUGAGUCCCCCAGGCCUCACUGAUCUCCAGCUUCUUCCACCCACCAUCCAAAGCCAUGUCUCUGCCCAAACAGCUUCGAGAGGAGAGUGACUUUGAGCAGCUCCCAGAUGACGUGCCUGUAUCAGCCAACAUUGCUGACAUUGAAGAGAAGAGGGGCUUCACCAGCUACUUUGUGUUUGUCAUUGAGGUGAAAACGAAAGGGGGAGCCAAGUACCUCAUUUACCGCCGAUACCGCCAAUUCUAUGCCCUACAGACCAAACUGGAGGAGAGGUUUGGACCUGAGAGCAAGACCGCCCCCUUUGCCUGCACCCUCCCUACACUCCCAGCUAAGGUUUACGUUGGUGUCAAGCAGGAAAUCGCUGAGAGCCGGAUCCCAGCCCUCAACUACUAUAUGAAGAAACUCCUCAGCCUGCCUCCUUGGGUACUGAUGGAUGAAGAUGUUCGGAUCUUUUUCUACCAGUCUUCCUACGAUUCUGAGCAAAUCCCCCAGGCGUUAAGACGGCUUAGGCCUCGGACCCGGAAAGUCAAGAACAUCUCUUCUCAAGCUCCUGCUUUUGACCGUCUGGGUGCCCCGUGUGCUGAGGCUUUGUUCGAUUUCACUGGAAACAGCAAACUGGAGCUGACAUUCAAGGCCAAAGACAUGAUUUUUCUGUUGAGCCGGAUCAACAAGGACUGGCUGGAGGGCACUACCCAUGGGGCCACAGGGAUCUUCCCAGUCUCCUUUGUGAAGAUCAUUAAGGACUUCCCAGAAGAGGAUAACCUCACAAAUUGGCUACGAUGCUACUAUUAUGAAGACACAGUGAGCACCAUCAGGGACAUUGCUAUAGAAGAAGAUCUCAGGAGCACCCCAUUAUAUAAGGACCUGAUGGAUCUAAUGAGGCGAGAGUUCCAGCGCAGUGACAUUGCCCUGAAUUACCGGGACAGCCAGGGAGACCUGGUGCGGCUGCUGUCAGACCAGGACGUGAAACUGAUGGUGAAGCAGGCCUGGGCCCAACCCUCCCAGAAGAGGCUCUUCCCCUGGAAACUCCACAUCACACAGGAGGAUGAUCUUCAUGUCUACAACACAGCCCCUUGAGAAGGCACAAUUUAUUGGGGUGAGGAAGGGAUAGGACAGGAAGGGGGCCAAUGAACCCCUCCACUGGCACCUUCCCCAUCCUGGACCUGAUGAAGCCAACUCAGUCUCUUGUUCCAGGUGCUCAGCUCCCAUGCCAACUCCCCCCCUAAUUCCCCCAGCCUGAAUGAAAUAAACAGCUGAGAGUCUGCAGCAUCAGCCCCAAAGCAGCCCAGUGGUGGAGUUGAGAGACAGAUGGUUUGGAGCUCCAUCCAUGCCCCCUUUUGCUUUUCUUAGACCAGAACUGGGAAGCCUGGGUUUAAGUACUAUGUCCGACGAUUACUCCCUGUGUGACAUUGGGCAAAUCACUCCCCCUCUCUAGGUCUCAGUUUCCUCACCUGUAAAAUGAGAGGACUGGCUUUUUCAGCUCAAAAUCUACAAUCUAUGGGUCCCAUUCUCUGCUCUAAAAAAGGAGAGUAGGCUCCGUGGGCUAUCUAAGCCCAUCUGGUGUUGUCAGAGGGUUCUUGGUCUGGUGACAAGGUCACCACCCUCUGGGAGGAGAGGUACAAAUAGAAUAGCACCCCAGACUUUAGCGCUAAGAUGCAUUUUAGAGAGAAGGUGUAGAUGCUCCUCAUUUAGCAAUUGAGGAAACUGAGGCCCAGAGAGGAAGCCCCUUUGUGCUCAAUCCCUUCAUUCUGCAGAUAAAGAAACCGAGUCCCAGAAAGAUCAUAGGAUCCUAGAUCCAGGACUGGAAGGGGCUCAGAGGCUGCCCAGGUCAAUACCCACAUUUUACAUAGGAGAAAAUGAAAAGGUCAAAGUUCGAUGCCUCGCCCAAAGUCACACAGGGAGUAAAGAACAGAAGGAAGAUUUGAACUUGAGUUUUCUGAAUUCUUACCCCAUACUCCCUUUAUCACCUCCCUUCCACAAACAGAAACAGACUCAGAGACAUGUAGUCUCUUGUCCAAGGUCACUUUGGAAAGGAAGUCAG